UGCAGUUCGUUCUCGUAGGAUCCCGCUGCGGAUGCCUGGAGCAGGCUGGCCGAUAUGCCGACGGCGCGCCGCGGGGCCGCUGCCUGCGUGGCGCCCAGCGGGCUGAUUUACGUUGUCGGUGGAAAUGACCAGCGUCAUGUGGAAGCGUACGACCGUGCUACCAAUCAGUGGAUUAAAAAAGGAGAUACGCUCAUGCAGCGCUGUCAACUGGGAUGUGCCAGUGUGAAUGGGAAGAUGUACGCUGUCGGUGGGACUGGGAGCAUUGGUUCGAAUUCGGACUGUCAUAAAAGCAUCGAAGUGUACGACGAAGACGCGGACCGCUGGGCGCUGCACGAAUGCCGCUUGCUGCAGGCCCGAUCGGCUUUUGGUUGUGCGGUGAUGAAGGUGAAGGCCUACGAGGACUCGUACUGAUCGUAAAAUCCUGAUGUGCGGAGCCGAGCUGUUCCGGGAAAUAGCAUAGCUGUCAUACAGGAAAUAAAUAGAUAACCGUAUUGCACUAAUAAAAUGCCUGCUACAUAGUUGUAAGGUUUUAAUUAUUCUAUUUACUUAGUAUGUUAGCUCCAUUUUUAGCGAUGUCU